AACAUUUCAAACACUCAUCAGGAAUUCACAACAUUAAAAUCGAGUGUUUUCAUUGGUGGCUCAUUUGGUGUCCCGAUCGCCUUGUAAAUUAUCAUAAAAUUGAACUGAUAAGGUGAUGAAAUGAAAAUGAAUUAUGAAAUUUGUGAAAAAGGGCAAAGGGCUGAAUCUCCUUGUUUCAAAUGUCAACGAUUCGACUACUGAUGGCGUAGGUCAUUAUCAUUACAAUGUUUCAAACAGUUGAGCUGUAGACAUGAGGUAUCAGGAAACAAAAAAGCAGGUUGUUUUCGUUUUAUUCACGUCUAUGGGAAUCUACUCGUAAUCUUGAAAUGGCUCAAAACCUGAACAUGGUCUACGAUCUCGUUUAUCCUAGCCCUCCAACUCUAGAAGAACUCGCAUCCAUCGCUGUAGCACUGCAAUUAUGGCGUGAAAACAUACGCGAGCAUCGCUUAACUGAUUUAAUCAACUCGGACUGGGACUCAUUCGAGUCUAAACUCGGAUCGUGUAGCAUACCCGUACUUCUUGAUCUACCAUCGAAAGUUUUUUCCCUCGUUGAAAAACAUUUCGGUAAGAUGCAAUAUGCAUUGCGCGGAGAUAGUUUGAUGUGGGAUGUGUUUGAUGAAAUUGAUGAUAUUGUUUGCAAUUCUAAUGGCAGUAUUAAUUACGAUAGGCUUGCGAAACGAGCGGUACUCUGCGAAGGGAUCAGCGAUGAAUUAAAGUUCAAAACUGCUUGUAAAUAUUGCUUAGAGGAGGAUAUUAUGCGAAUUUGGCCAUCUGUGUCUGAACACUUCAACUUGGAUGAUAUCAGUUUUGAAUUCGAACCAGUACUGUAUUACUGGAUUUGUCGUCUUCGAGAUCAAUUGUACAAGAUACCUCUGUCAGGCCACGACUACGCAGCCAUCGAUGAAAAACUGAUUGAAAUUCUCGACGCCAGAAAUUGGUCUUGUGUAGAAUACUUUUGGAAUCGAUUGAAAGUUGCCUCGAGUCGAAUAGAUAACGCAAAGUACUUACAUAGAAGAAAUGGGCAUGUAUUCUGUAGAUAUAUACUCCCAAGAUUGAGCCCGAAAGAACUCGAUAUAUUGAUGGCUGAUGUGGGUGAUGAUAUAAUGUUAGCUCUACUGAUAGUUUGGAUCGAUGAUGUAUGCCCUUCAAUGUGGAUUGAAGAGCUUUACGUUUUAGCAGCUUGGAACUACAUUAAACAUAAAAUAAGCGAUAGUGGUUUCAUUUGCUUUGUUCGAGAGAUACUUAAAAAUCAGAGUCAGUGUAAUACUUGUACUUCGAAUUAUAACCAGUUUUUCUCUCGCGAGUUAUGGGAUAAUACUCCGAGUCAUUUGAAACAGCUGGCAAUCCGGGAUUGUUUAGUUGACAGAUCUUUAUUCGAGAAUGAUGACGAGCCUUGUUUUGAGAGACAUAAUUGGUUGUUAUUGUGUAUACUUGAAGAUGCUCCGUUCGAAGCCAGAAAAUCUUUUUGGCGCGAAAAUUGGCGUAAUUUGUUGUGCGGUACAAACACCGAAGAUUUGAAACAAUUUGUGAUUUUAUGCUGUGAGAACGAAGAAGAGAUUAUUCUGUUCAAGAAAACUCAUUUGACUUAUGAAAUUAUCAGGCCGAAUGGCUUAGAACAUCUUAAACAGUCGCGCAUUCCGGAGUUGAAUAAAUUUAUAAAUUUUUGCUGUUUGGAUGAGGAAACCAUUUCAGCUGUAAGGCUGAAGUUAUUGAACGAACACUUGGAUUUUUCCCGAAACCAUAGUCCUUUUGAUUUUCCAUGCUUCGAAAUUCACAAUUUUAUCAGCAGUGGCGAUUAUUGGAGUGCAUUUAUUGACGAUAGUUUUAACGAAGUCAAUCUGGCAACUGAUUUCAAAAAUCACCUCCUGUUGGCACCUCGAACGUGCGAAAUGUUGUCCAGAUUUGUAAUUAGCAACUUCAGACUGCAGGAAGUAAUGCAAUUUGUCGAUACGUUUGCGACAUCUGAGCAAGUGGCGGUUAAUGUUAAAGAAGACCAUCUUAUACCUGCUCUUGUGAAUCUUUUGAUGACUGAAACCAGACUUCGUUUCGUGUUUGAAUACGACGCGUUUGAAUCCUUCAUACGGUGGUGUUUAGGAAGUGACGAGAAAAUUGCGAAAUUCAAGCAAACGUUACCUGUUGAUGAAAUUGUUCGAAAUUUAAUCGCCGAUAAAGAUGCUAAGGUUUGUCACGCUCUGGAUAGAGGGUCUUGGGAACAGAGACGUUUGGGCGUUGUGUAUUCUUCCAUCGUUCAAUUUUUAGAAUGGUAUUUUUCUACUCUCGAAGAAGUGGCAGACUUUGAAAAAAAGGUUGAUUGGUUCGAGAAAUUUCACUGCAAUUUCAAACAAGUAGCGAGAAAUGUGUUCAUUAUUGAUAGACAGUCUGUCACGGAUUUUUUUAAUAAAGAAUUUGAUACUAAGAGAUAGUUAUUAUUUAUUGUUAUAUAAUUGAAGUAAGAAGUUGAAAUUACAUAUGUUUUUAAUGGAA